AUGGGAAAAAGAAAACCAUCUAAGACAACAAACAAUAAACGGUCAACACACAGAACCACCAGCAUAGGAUGCAAGCUGCGCAACAGAGAAAAGGAUUACGACGAAAUAAGAAAAAGGCUAGAGUACAAUAUCAGUGAGCCAAUAGAGAACCCAAAGCACGCCCGGUGCAUAGAGUGCGACAGAGUGAUGGAGGCUUCCACAAUAGACAAGCACAGAAAGUCAAGAGAGCACAGAAAAAGGCUUAAAGACUUGGCCGAAGAUGCACUUUUGGAACAGGAUAGAAAGAAUGGCUUAUGUUAG